AUGCGGAGGCGCCGCACCGCAUGGCUAGCGGCCAUAGCGGCAAUAUUUAGCGCGGCCACCGCCUUCAACCUCGACGACGCGGCCCCGAUCUACAAAUUCGGGCCCGACGAGACGAAUUUUGGCUUUUCCGUAGCUGAGCAUAUCCGAGGAAAAGAACCUGUAAUUAUUGUCGGCGCUCCACACGAUGAAAACGGGCAAAUGGGAACGAAACAGGCUGGUGCAACCUAUGCCUGCCCAUUGAAUACGGAAUACCUCGGAAACAGCCACGGCAAAGAUUCGAAGUGGUGCCAGAAGAUGUUUGUAGAAUAUGAAGAUCGACUGAACUACAACAAAGCCCCGGAUAUGACGACCAUUGUUGGAACCGAUACGCUGGAUAGGAUGGGUAAAAAUGGACAACUGCUGGGAAGCGCUGUGUAUUCUGCUGGUGUGCCAGGAGGAAAUGCUGUGGUCUGCGCCCCACUUCUUCGAUAUCGUAACGAGUCGGCAAGAGCGCAGGGGGCCUGCUAUCUACUUCAUAAUAACUUGGAGCUGAUGAGCACGUUAAUCACCUGUGAACAAAAGAAUCUCGACCAUCGAGAACGGCAUAAUACCUAUGGUGCUUGUAUGCAAGGACAAUCAGCAUAUAUCGAUGAGAAUAUGCUAAUUACUGGCGUAAUUGGUGCCCGUAUGUGGACCGGCGGUGUCUAUGCCCGAUCUAUCACCAAAAGUGAUUUCGACACCGUUUUGGAAAAAUACACGAUGAGUCAAGAAAAUGCCAUCCGACCAACGCUGCAAUCACAUGCUUAUCUUGGAUAUUCGGUGAAUGUAGGACGAUUUGGAUUUUCCCAUGAAAACGGGAAGCGAUUGACAGUCGUUUCCGGAGCCACAAGGCACAAUCAGUUUGGUGCUGUCCAGUUUAUGCCCUUCGAUCUGGAGCAUCAAAAUGAGAAUGACCUAAAGCUGAACGCCGACAAAUUCAGUCUCGAGGGCAAAACCUUUGGAUCAAACUUUGGCUACGCGAUUGCGGUACUUGAUUUGAAUGCCGACGGAUUUGACGAUCUGGUUGUCAGUGCCCCGAUGGAACAACGAAACGAUAAGGAUGGGCAAUUCGGAGGCAUCGUGUACGUCUACUUCUCUCAAGGAAAAGAAAGACCAGCCGGAGAGUCGAAAUUCGUUUUUGAGAAACCUGUUGUCUUGAAGCAUUCCGGUUAUGGGUCGCAGUUCGGUUUGGCGUUGACACGACUUGGAAAUGUGCAUGGCUCGAAGAGAUCGACAUCUGACUUCGCCGUUGGUGCUCCAUUCGCAAACGACGGUGCUGGUGCCGUUUACAUCUACCAUGGCAACCCUGAUCGAAAGAAUUUCCGCCAGAAACCAGCCCAGAUCAUUAUUGGAUCUGCACUCCCACCCUCCCCGCUUGGCAAGCCGAUCAAAACCUUUGGCUUCUCACUCUCUGGUGGAACCGAUCUUGACGCCAAUGGGUAUCCGGACCUUGUCGUUGGCGCAUACAAAAGCAACCUGGUCACGGUGUUAAGAGCCCGCCCAGUAAUCUCCGUUCAAGCUGGCCAGACAACAACAAAAGAGUACAUCGACAUCGAUUCAAAGGGACGAUGCCCAUCUGGAGUGGCCACUUGCUUUGACCUAACGCUAUCCCUCAUUGUGGAAGGUGGAGCCGCAAAGAAGCACCUUGUCGACUAUAAGAAUGACGUUUUCAUUUGCAACCUUGAAGUUCUACCUUUUGCGCCCGGUAUUGCCCCACGGGCCACUAUUCGGUCAUCCCAUUCCCCGCAUAACCAUACUUGGCCUUGCGGGAAGAAUGCUCACACACAUACUCAGGAUUAUGUCAAACAAAUCGACAUUCCGGAUACGGCGAGCACACAUGACUGGAUCAAUCCGCUAAAGUUCCGGUUUACCGUCCGCAUCAAGGAUGAGAAAAAGCCCGUCUUCCCACGGCAAGGCGGCCCCCUCGCUGACCUCAACCAAUACCCAAUCUUAAACAAAUUUGGCAGCACCUAUGAAUUUCAAAAAAAUUUCGACACCCGCUGCGGAAUGGACCAUGUUUGCCAAACCGAUCUCUCACUUGGCGCAGAAUUUGACAACGUUCAUUUCGAAAACGGCCAAUACAUCUCGAAAGUCGGAGAAAAAGAUCACUUGGAUAUUAAGUUCGAGGUGCUGAACAAGGGCGAGAAGGCCUAUCAAGCCCAUUUGAACUUGACCUACGACACCGAAGAGUUAGAGUUGCCAAGGCUUCAAUCUAUUGCCAACCUUCGUGGAAUUACUGCUGAAACCGGAAAGAACUUCUAUCUAGUUCAGCUCGGCAAUCCACUGGAUGGAGGCGCUGGGGGAAACUUCGUGGUUCGAUUUAAAAUUAUGCGAGGUCGAACUGAAGGCAUCGGACGGCCGCUACAGUUUAAGGCCUAUUUAAACAGUACCAGCAAAGAGACCAAUCCACAUGAUAACAAAUGGGAAGGUGAGGUGCGGCUUUUCAAGGAGGCGGAGCUGGAAUUAAUCGGAAUGAGUGAUCCAAAUAUUGUUCGAUUUGGUGGCGUGCCAAUUGGAACAGCAGCUAUGCAAAUGGAGGAAGAUAUUGGUGUAAUGCUACGACACAAUUAUACCCUUCAUAACAAAGGACCCUGGACAGUACGAAAUGUUACUGUGGAGUUCCAAUGGCCAUAUCAGGUCCAAUCGACAUUCCGACGUGGAAAAUACGCUCUUUACUUACUCGAUGUACCGACCGUUGUCAAUUAUAACGUACUAACGGGCACCACUGAUGUCAAACAGUGUAUUGUGGAACGUGCGUUAGAACAUGUGAACCCGGAGGAGAUUCCUUUGAACACCCGUUACUCAGUCGAAGUGAAUCAACCCAGGAAACAUCACGUCAUCAAGCGAUCAGUCGAAGGGGAUGGAACUCCGACCGAAGGUAGACCAAUCACAGCCGGCCUAUGGAGGAUUUCACCGGAAAAGCGAAUGGAAGGUGAUGUCGAGGUUGACGUGGUCUCAAUUGACUGCAAAAAAGGCACUGCGAAGUGCUUUACCGUCCAGUGCCAUUUCGACUUCCUGGACGCUGGAUCGGCGCCAGUGAUCGAUUUCCGAGCCCGUCUAUGGAAUGCCACAUUCAUUGAAGACUACAGUGAUGUGGAGUACGUCGAGCUACUAUCGACAGGACGGAUUUUGGUGGAUCACAAUCAAGGGAUUCUUGAUGAUCAUGCGAACAAUGAGGUCUCAGUAGCAACCUUGGCAUAUCCGGAUCGGCCAGCACUUGAUGAGACUGGGCCAAUCCCAUGGUCGAUCAUUCUGUGGUCAAUUCUUGCUGGUUUGAUCAUCCUCGCAUUGAUCGUGUUCUGCUUCUGGCGCUGCGGCUUCUUCAAGCGGAAACGACACAACGAACCCUCGCUACAUCGGGCUGAACUUACUCACGAGCGAGAACAAUGGAGCGAAAUG